AUGUCUUCCAGUUCAAAACACGCAGAAUUACAGGCUAAUAUUGCAGUGAACAGUCUGCUGAGCACCUUACUUCCCGGUGCUAAAAAGAUUUCAAGCGGUAUUGAUGGCAGGCGGCCGAAGAGCUCCACAAAGGUAAGAGGUUCUAAAGCACAACUUAUAGAUCGUAAUUUGAAAAAAAUUGUCGAGUUACAGGAGCGUGAUGUGGAAAGUUUGAAGAAACGUCAGAGAAAGAUGAAGAAGCGGGCAGUGAGGGCCAAUAAGGUGGAAAACGAUAAAAUACAACAACUUGCCAAGCUUAGCGUUCUGGAAAGGCAUAAGAAAGUCGGUACGUUGACAGUGAAAGAGCAAAAGUACCUCAACAAGUUGGUGAACAGGAACGUCAGGACGGCUAGGUCGUUGGAUUUGGAGGAAGAAGAUAAAGAAGCGCUGCGAGAAUUGCAACAGAAGAUUAUUAGUCAAAAUUCUGGAGUAGAAAGUGCAAAGAGAAGUAAAAAGAGGCGGAAGACGGUUAAGAAAUUCAAAGAAGAUAUUCACCCAACGGUUAGUGACCGUAGGUAUCCUGGAUUGACCCCGGGUUUGGCGCCCGUUGGUCUCAGUGAUGAAGAAGAUAGUAGUGAUGAGGAUUAG